AUGGCAACGACACCCUCCUCGACACCUCCACUGAAGCAAGACUGCUGGGGCCCCUUCUUAGAGACGUUGUUGGGGGAACCCACCAGCCUGGGCGCCGCCUUGACCGACUUCGUGAACUACGAGUUCGGUCAGGGUCACAAGAACUGGAGAGGAGAGAAGCUCCUAGCGGGCAUCAUCUUCCACUCGCCGCGCUACGGGAAGAACGGCUACGACAAGCUGCCGCGCACCCUUCGCGCGUUGAAGGGAUGGCGCAGAGCUUCCCCAUCUCGUUCGAGAAGGCCACUGACAGUGGGCAUGUGGGUGGCCAUUGUAGUGGAGAUCGCGAGGCUGGGAUUCUUGAUGGCAGCAUUGCUAACCUUGAUCAUGGUAGAGGGUUGCCUACGCCCAGGAGAGAUGCUGGGCCUGACGCCGGCGUUUUUCUUGCCGCCCGCCCCCGGCGGGGUGGCUACGUGUGUCCUCUUGCUUGUCCCACAGGAGGGCAACCUGCGGUCCAAGACCGGCGAGAGCGACGACAGCAUCCCGCUGGAUUCCAGGAGGUGCGGCUGGAUGGAGGCGAUCUACCAGGGGCGCCACGCGGGGACCAGCGCCGACCGCGCCGAGAACCUCAGGACUCAGGAGCAGGUGGUGAAGCGCGGGAGGUGGCAGGCUCUUCGAAGCGUCAGGAGGUGCGAGAAGGCCGGGCGCGUCAACCAGGCGUGGCGGGAACUAGACGUCGAAGACCAGGACCACGUCAGGUUCUGCAUGAGGAUGAUCGAAGGAAUCUUCCGCCGCGGGGGCGUGGCGCCGACGCCGCCGUACUUCAGGCGUGGAGCGGAGCCCGACCCCAAGCGUGCCAGGCAUAACAUCCCUUGUGCCCUCGAGAAUCCACAGACGACUAGGCUGUGGGCAAACCUGUCGCUGAACUCUGUCGUGGUGGCCGUUGUGGCGCUUUUGCUCUUGAGUGCCAUUGUCGUGCUUGUACUGGCUCUCGUGGUAGUCUUCGUGGCGUGCUUGCUGGUGCGAGUCCCUGUCGUGGCUGUCGUGGCUGUCGUGGCUGUCGUGGUGGUCGCCGUGGUGUGCUUGCUGGUGCGAGUUAUUGUCGUGGCUGUCGUGGUGGCCGUGGUUGUGCGCGUACUCGUAAGGGUCGCUGUUGUGGCUCUCGCGGCGGCCGCCGUGGUAUGCUUGCUUGUCGUGGAUGCCGUUGUAGUUGUCGUGAUUGCCGCCGUGGUGCGCUCGCUCGCGAGAGUCGCUGCAGAGACUGUCGUGGCUGUCGCGGCGUUUGGCAUGGUGUGGGUGCUGGUGGAAGUCGCUGUCGUGGACGACGUGCGUAUUGUGAGGGCCGCUGUGGUGCGAUUGCUUGCCGUUGUGGCCGCCGUGGUGUGCUUGCCGGUGAGAGUCGCUGUAGUCGCUGCCGUGGUGGUCGUAGCUGUCGUGUUGUCGUCGCUGGCGGAGCUUCUCGUGCUGCUGGAGUCGCUCGCCAUGCUCAUUAUGGUGGUGCUGAGGAUGCUCGUAGUGCUGGCCGUCAUAGUGCUGAUGUCGGUGCUGGAGGUGCGGGCGGUGCUGGUGUUGAUAGUUCUGUACGUCGUAGUGCUGAGGUCGAGUUUGAGAUCGGUGCUUGACGUUGUAGUACUGAGCGUCAUGGUGCUGGCCGUGGUACUGCUGAGGUCGGCGCUGGACGUUGUAGUGCUAGUAAUACUGGCUGUGCUGGUGCUACUGGUGGUCGUGCUGUUGGUAUCGAAGCUGGUCGUCGUUCUGCUGAGAGCCGGCUCAGAGCGUCUCGCCUUCGCGGGCGUCUCCCUCGUGAACAGGCGCGCCCAGCAGGUGAACAGCGCCUCCCUCAUGAACAGUCGCCUCCCUCAUGAACAGGCGCGGUCUGCGGCGGCCACCGCCGACGACACAGGAACAGAGAUCGCCCUGGAGGACGGCAGCCCGGCGCGGCGCAUCGACUCCAGGCGGUCUGGGCGCGGCUCUGGCUCAACGGCCUGCCCCUCGACGCGUGGGGCGCCGCAGGACGUCGUGCUUGUGCUGGCCAACCCCUCUAGCGUGCCGACCAGCACGAGCCCCACCUGCACGGAGAGUAGCAGGCCGAGCUCGCCCGGCUCGAGGUCUGAGCGCCCGUGGGGCGUCCAGGAGGUGUACCACCGACACUGGAGCACCGGCAGCUCCAGCGCCGAGGAUUCGGAGUCGAUGGCAAAUGCGACCAGCGACCUGCGGCCCCAGCCAGAGCCGGAUGACGACCAGCAGCCUGAGCCCCGCGGUGUCAACAACAACAAGACGGUGCGGCGGCGGGAGCUGCGGGUGGCCGCGCGGCGCCGCCGCGCCGUGCAGCGGCAGGCACAGGCCCAGGACAGCGCGGCGGCCGCGCCGCUGGACGGCCCCGACGGCGCCCCCAGUGGCGCCGAAGGUUCUGCGGGCGACGGCUUUGCGGCGGCCGCCGCCGAUGCCGCGUGCCCCGGGGAGGGCAGUGCUGGCAAGGCGGCCGCCGGCAGGGCCUCGUCGAGCGCUUGCACGGAGUCGGGGCAGGGUCCCGGCAAAGCACCCAGUCGGCAGUGUCGCUUCCAGCAACAGCGCCUCCUCCGGGUCGGAGCAGCCGGCGGAGCUCAGCGGCGACGCCCAGCAGCGGGCAGCGCGCGAGUGGUUCUCGUUGUAGUAGUCGCACCCUUCUCUGAAGUGCCCAGACAUGUGGCCCCUCGCGUCGAGGAGAUUCUUCUCUUGUUUACCCUCGGGAUCGAUUUGAAGAGGGCUUGCGGAAUUAUUCUGUGA